AUGUUGUCCAACAAAGACUCUUGGGCCUAUGCCCGGCCGCCACUGGGGCCAUCAUCCGACGACCUCCAUGAUGUGUGUCUGGACGACGACACACAUGCCUCCCGGUCGCCUCUUCCGCCCGGCAGCCGUCCUGAAUGUCUUAAGAAUCUUCUUCACGAAUGUCUAUUUGUUACUUUGAUCGCCCUCGCUGCCGCAACCCCCGUCUUUCUUCAACGAUCCAUCGUCGUUGUGACAUCUUCUAUUGCCGAGUCGCUGAAAAUGUCGCCUGCCGAGCUGGCCUGGUCUACAGCUAGUUCUGGACUCACUACAGGUGCCUUUCUUCUCCCGUUUGCUCACAUUGCGGACACCUGCGCAGUGCUCCCCCGAAAGACGCUUCUGGUCACCAGUCUGGCCGCUUUCUCCUUAUUGACCGCCGUCACUUCAUUUUCUCAAACCGGUGUAGUCCUUGACGUUCUCUCUGGCUUGACAGGAGUUGCCUGCGCAGCAAAUAUCCCAAUCGCCCUUGGCAUUCUAAGCUUGGUGUAUCCAGAGAAUUCUCGCCGAAGAAAUAUGGUGUUCUCAUCCUUCCUUAUGGGGACCCCUGCCGCUACCAUCAUCGGAGGAUUAGGAUCUGGAGGACUUGCUCUCCAGAUGAGCUGGAAGGCACCCUUCAUCGCCCUAGGUGGACUUUUUGGAAUCGUCUCUGUCCUGGCUUGGGUUCUUGUUCCUAACGUCCCUGAACCCGAAGUCAUACUACAGAAAUCAGAGCUUCGCAUAACAACAAAUUGUAAUGAGCCGCAGGUCGUCACGCUCGGCGCCCCAAAGAGAAUUACAUCUAUCCUGCAAUUUGAUUGGGCGGGAUUGUUCAUUCUCAUCGCAGGCGUUUUGCUCUUCACCGUAUCUCUCACUAUUGGACCAGAGGGCCCAGAACCAUGGAAGACACCUACUGUCAUUCUUCUUCUGACACUAGGAUUACUCCUUCUUGGUUGUUUUAUACUUUGGCAAAAUGUCUCCAAGCGUUCAAUGAUACCUAAUUCAUUAUGGAACACUUGGAGUGUCACACUAGUCGUCGUCUGCACUCUGGGGGCAUCAAUGUCAUUUUAUUCGCAACUGUUUUGGGUUUCGAUGUUCAUGCAACAACUUGAGAACCUCAAUUCUUUUGAAGUUGCCAUCAGACUCCUACCACAAGCCCUCGUUGGGUUGCUACUGAGCCCGCUUGUUGGUCUAUUUAUGCAUGCAAUCCCAGGCACUGGCUUGUUAGUUUGUGCCGCCUCAGCACUUGUUCUUAGCAAUAUUUUUCUUAUUUUUCUCCGCCAUGACGGCCAUUAUUUACUCUGGAUAUUCCCCUCGCUCAUGUUGAGUACUGUUGGUAUGGACUGGAUCAUGAAUGUUGGAUCACUCCAUAUACUAUCCUCUCUGCCGCCGGAACACCAUUCGAUUGGUGCCUCACUGCUUCAAACAACUAGCCGACUUGGUGUUCCACUAGGCCUUGCUGUCACUACCUCGAUCUGGUCUUCCUAUGAUGGAAAAGCAGAUUGGUCCCAGCCUGAGCUUGCGUAUACACAUACAUUCAUCGCGACUGCCGCAUUCUCUGGUCUUUCUCUUUUACUUGUCCCGUUCAUUCGCAUUGGUAAACAAGGAGUCGUCAAGCGACCGGGCCAAGACACUGAGGUGGACACUGCAAACCAAAUCAAGCGAAGAUCACUCCUUCUGAGUACCUCGUCUCUUCAACACACCGUAAGCGACAAGAACUCUAUCAAGGAUGUUGAACGCAGACCCAGUAAACGCUGGUCUCCUGUUGGAAGUGUUGUUCCAUCGACCACAGGACGAAGAUCGACGAGAGCUCCGUCCAUCUCAUCGCAGUCAUCAAUGGGCAUGGAUACUUCUCGGUCCGAUAGCGUAGCCAGAACUGCCAUACGUCGAGGGCGAUGUUCGUCUGAGAAAAUCGUGUGGAUCGUCUGCGAGGAAUGUGGUACCAGUAAACGCCAGCGGGAGUCAUCGAGCCACACGGUUGUGGGCGACCCAACGCGAUAUUUCAACGAUGUGGUACAUGGCGCUGAUUCCGCCGGCGGCAACAGGGACGCUGUGCAUCAUCAACCUCACCACCCGCCACAUCGUCAGACGUCUCGCAGAAGCCCACCAAGACUUGGAAGUCCAAUCCGCCAUAAUGCAGCGCAGAGACCUUACCCAGGACGUAGACGUCUGCCUCUGGUCAAUCGACAGAUCAUGACCCAUCAGAUGUUGACUCAAGGAUUUCAGCUAUGA